AAUUUCACUAACGUGUGCGAUUUUUUAAACGGGAUACCUAAUCCAUGUAUUGUAGUGUUCAUCUUUAGUAAUCUGUGUAUUCCAUCACCUUAGUAACAAGACAAUUCGCAACAUGAAAUUAUGUCGUUUCAUCAAAAGUAGGUCGUAAUUAUAAGAACAACACUUUUUAAUAGAUUGUGGUUUAUCAUUAUAAAACUUUUGAAAGCAUACCAAGAUCGUUUAGCAAGAAACAUUCAACAAGCAUCAUUUGUAGGACAUGGGAAAUGAUGUUGCAAAAGAAGAAGUUAGUAACAUAGAGGAAGAAGAAAUAAACCCUGUGAAGGAGUUUACAGUUGAAGAUGUACCAGAAGAUAAGUAUAUGCUUGAAGAUAUUUCUUCAGAUUCAUGCGAGAUUAAAAGUACUAAUACAACAAGAGAGAUUGAAAUCUAUUGUAAACAUCUAGUUCGCUGUAAUUUCCGAGGUCAGACGAACUUAAAUGACGAGAAGUCUAUGGAUAAAUCUCAAACCAAAACAAAACUGAAUUUGGGCUAUUACUUAAAACUGCUAGAUCGAGUAAUACGAGAAACUGAACCAGUAAAUUUUACGGCUGACGAUGAAGAAUACACACAAAUAAUCAAUAUGGUAGCUGUAAGAAGAAAAAGAGAAGGGGAAACAACUAAAGAAUGUUUUGAACGUUUGCUGCGCCACAAUCAAAGAUUUAAAAAAGUUUAUUGUGCUAGGACAAAAAAAUCUGAAGAAAUGAAAACUAAACAAUACUGGGGAACACGCCAACAGUUGCUUGCUGGAAAAGUAAUAGCAGACUGGGUGGAUGUUGAAGGGGGGGCAUUAGAUCCAAUUUUUGGUGUACUUCUACAACCAAAUGCAGGUCGUGUUGGACCAGGAGAUACAGGGCUAAUACAUGACGCCUUGUUUGAUCAAACAGGACCUAUGGCGUUAUUAUGCAGCCGCCCAUGAUGCAUUUGGAUAUCUUUAUACGUCACAUAGUGUUGGACCUGGAUACAAUUAUUUAGGUCGCGAGAAGUUAGAUAAAAGUAACUGUAUGGCUGGUCAGGUUAGUGGGCUUGACUUUUGGAAGGAAGAAUUAAAGAAAUUCGAUGUCAUAAUUAAUUUACCUGGCCUACAAAAUGCUGCAACAAAAAUUAGGUUAUAACGAAUUACCAGUCCGCGUGUUCGGUUCCGAAAAACGGGGUUGAUAAACAUUUAUUUUACACUGAGAAGGAGUACACGCAUCCCUGGCUUACGUGCAAGUACAUAGGAAAAAUCACCAAACGCAACAACAAUAGUCUGUGUAACGAAGCAACAUGUUCUUUGUACAACAUUCAACUUUUCGUUGCUUUCAUUGUGACUUCUGCUACACAUUAUCAUUUAGAAUAUUAUACCAGUAGAAGAUGUAUGUUAUUUUUAGUACGUUGAUAAUAUAUUACAUACGGGUAAACAAGCAAAGUGUUGGUGCAUUAGACCG